CAUCUUUCUCAUCUGGACCUUGACAUAAUUAUGGGAGACCCUGGCAAUUUCCUGUCUUCCUUCGUCACCAUCUCUCACAACAUCAUGACUGCCCGCCGGAGUAAACGAUACAUUCUCAUCCUCGUCAUUCUUGCUGUCGUAUUCUUGACUUUGACAUUCAGCAAUCGCUCUCGGGAUGUGCUCGACUAUGGUGGUUAUCUCGGUUUGGACAAUAACCAGAGUGGCCCGAUAAAGAAGCCAACAACUGAGCCUGAUUCAUAUUGGAGAGGCAAAACAGUCGUUCAAGAGAUCAUUCUUCCAGAAGCCACUUGGACCUGUACAGACGAUCAACUCCCUAUCAAUGAAAGGAUAACCAAAAACAAUCGUCGUUCUCGACAGUGUGUUGUACAGAACCUGUGUGUGGAUCGAAAAGGUGCAUUUAUUCGUAAAAAUGGCAUCUUCCGCAAAAAUUUACCCGAGGUCAAUCUGAUGUCCUCAGAUGAAGAGUCCGAUGUCUACUGGCAACCCCGUUUGGAACGUUCAUGGAGAAAGACAAUCCGGGCACAUUACGUAAACGAGACUUUGUUUGUCCAUGGAUUGUAUUCACCUUAUCACUUUUCACAUUGGUUGUAUAAUGGCAUGAUGCCUCUUUACAGCACAAUGAAGCGUUUUGGAGGCACAAAAGAUUCAUGGUCAUUACGAGCAGGUCGCUUCAAAUAUGAUCCAAUCGAAAGGCAAGGAUCGUGGGAGAUGGAGCACUUCUUCCAAUCUGGCAAGGAGCUAGUCCUCAACAAGGAGGAGAUCUCAACUGCAUUUCAGAGUUUACCCCCAGCAGAUGCACCCAUCUGUUUCCGACGAGCUGUCAUAGGUCUUGGAUCUCAAUGUGCGCUCGAUUACUGUGAACACAAUAUACCUACUGAGGUCUAUAAACAUUUCAGAGACGAGAUCGCACAGUAUUACUGGUCAACGCCUCAGGUUUGGCAGAACCAUUUGGAGACAACACAGAAGGCUAUCCUCAAGCGCCAAAGGUUAUCAUCAGUUCAACAAAAGGAGCGUAGAUCAUAUUCGCAACCACAGAAAAGAACUAAUAACAAGAGGAAUGAAGAGCAGAGCAGUCAUGCCAAGGAGAUGUCGUUAUCCCAAUCAAUCACGAAGCGACAACAGGCUUCUGAUAAAGAGAAGCCAAAUUCACAGUUAAGAUGUCUGGAUCUCGCACGGUAUUACAACUUUAAUGGCGCUGGACCAAAUCAUGGUCUUGAGAAGGAGGAAUCCUCAAAAAGAGUUGGACAGCUACAACCAGAUGUAGUCGAUGCAGAGAAGGAUUAUAUUAAUCUAUAUGCUGAUGUUGGGAAGAGCAGCAAGCGUAAAGUGAUCGUUGGUAUUAUCCAGCGCGAAAAGUCGAGGCGGAUCAUCAAUGAUGAGUCUUUAAUCCAAAGUCUUGUCCAAGCAGGGUUCCGAGUCAAGUGGAUGAGUUUUGAUCAUGGUUGUGGGCUGGCAGAGACGGCGUAUUUGCUUCGAGAUGUCAACGUGUUAAUUUCGCCUCAUGGAAACGCAAUAGGCACAUCCGUGUUCAUGCCCAGUUAUGGACCAAUCCCUACUUUGAUCAGCAUUGAUACCUCACGGUAUUGGGAGCCUUGGUUCAAGCAUUCAGCCACAGCAUUGGGCCAACGAUUCGUCAAUGCUGUCUGUGGACCUCACAACUAUCCGGAUGAAGCGACCAAAGAGCGAUGUCCGUUCUAUAAGGAUGUCCAGGGCGCAAAACACUUUGUCGGUCAUCUUGUCUUGGGACUUCCUGAAUCAAUACUCAAGUCUGAUGAAGAGAAGAGGGCUAUGGAGGGUGAAGAACUUGAACAGCUUCGGAAUCAGCAUCGAGAAUAUGUGGCCACCCAUCCAGAAGCUCAAAAGCUGGCAGAACAAGAGCUGGAUGUCCUCAUUGGACCUGAAGUACCUCAGGACUUGAUCAACAAAUAUGGUGGAGAUGAUACUUGGCGCUUCUUGGGUAACUUUUGGAAGGCUAUCCCUCGUUAUGUAGAUGUUCCUCGGGUGCUGAAGUUCAUCGAAGGGUUGCAGCAGGAUUUGGAGGAGGAGAGGAGGAUGGAGGCAGCAAUGAGAGAGAAACGACCUAAUAUGAGCUCGACAGAUGUGUCAAGUGCGAUGUAUGUGAGCUAUGUGAAAAAGGGGCAAGCCUGUGGAUUUGAGAGCUGUGGGUACAUUCUAAAGCGGAAUGUGAUGGAUGGCAGAAGUGCCUUUGGCAAGCAUUCAAUCGACAACAUCACCUUGUGGGGACAGCCCAGAGCAGAGAUAAAGACCUUGCUGCAGGGUUUGACAGAGGCGGAGCUUCAAAUAGGAUGGAAGAUUGAGUAACCAAUGAAACAACAAUAAUAAUAGAC